CAGUGGCGCAAAAAGUGGGUAUGCAGCGCAUGCAACGCAUAGGGGCGCUGCACCAGAGGGGGCGUCAAAAUGCAGGGGGCGGCGCGCCGAUGAUGUGUUCGCAUACACUUCACCGCGCCCUUACGCUCCUUCACCUCGCACACAUGUAAAUGUAGCGAGCUUUACCUUUCACGUGUCUUCGUCUCGGUGGGGGGCAGGGAGGGUUGAGCGAGCAUAUGUUUUCUACGCUCCUUCACCCUGACGUGAAGGAGCGUAGGAAGGUGGGGUUAUUGCACCUGAGUAACAUGUAGUUGCGACCCUGGUCAGAGGACAUCAUUGUAAAAUAUUAAGUUGGGUGUUAUGAUCAUUGGGUGUCUACUUUGUACUUUUACUUAAGUAGAAAUAUGCUUAAGCUGUUUUAGGUACUUUACCUACCUCUGACUACUUAGUAUCAAGCAUAUUUAAUCAUAUUUCUGAAAUGAUAACAAGAAUGAUGUGGCCAGUGUAGUUUUGUUGUGGAGUUUUUUGUUUGGGUUAUGGUUUCGAAUUUCGAUUAGCUGGUCAACAGCCUGUUUGAGACUGCAUGCGACUUUCAAUAAACCACUUUGUUUCCUCUAUUGUUUGUUUAACUUGCUCCUGUUUCUACCUGGUUAUAACCGAGAAACUUAAAAUAUGAUUAAUUAUUGAUUUUGUUUUUCCAGGAGUAUUGUCAAAGGUUUCUUUAACAUCUGGUAAAAUGGAUUGACAAAAUGUCAAUCCAUUUAGCUACUGUAAUCCAACAUGUCCAUAUACAAUGACACAGAGAGGGAGGGUGAAAAGGUGAGAUGGGGGUGUGGCAGAGUGGAGAGGAGGGUAGAGAAAUAGACAACUACAGCUCAGACCAGAGCCAGCAGGAAACCAAGAAGCACAUAACUCAGACAAAAAACGGAGAGAAAGGUGAACCCCUUUAAAAGUGGCUUCUGAAAUUUAUCAUUCACGAUGUUAAUGCGGUCUCACUCUGAGAGAAAAGCCCUCCCUGGCUUCUCAGCCUUACUGACACUCAGCACUCCAAAAGAGAGAGAUGUGACCUUCUCAUCUCCCGUGUACUUUACCCCACGGGACUCCAUCUUUACACCACAAUCUCCUACUUUAUCGCCUCCUUGGGUGACAGAGGCACUUUCAACACUGGAGAAAGGAGAACAAGAACUUCAGAUUCUAAGAGAGCAACAGCAAACCGAAGUGGAGGAGGUGAACCGUGAACUGGACAAUGCGGUGAUUGGAGCUCAGCGAGAAGAGCGACGCCUUCUUGAAAAGGUGGAGCAGGACUACAGGGAAGCCCAGCGACACCUUAGUCAAGUGAAGAGAGAAAACUCUGCAGCUGUGAGAGUUGUGCAGUCACUUGUUGAUCAGCAAAUUCGUAAAAUUGCACAGUUGAAGGAACAGAUUCAGAGAUGGGGUUUUAUGGCUGAUGGAUCAAACAAAAAUCAGCUUCAAAGAGGUGUGAUAGAGCUUACACAACCAUGGGAAAUCUCUCUAACCCUGAAAAGGGUCACUUUUCUUUCAAGCUCCCUGUAUAAGACGUUCAAUUUUGGGGAGAUUGAUAUUCGUGAACAGGGUAUGACCUACCACAUUGGAGUCUGUGGUGGCCAGGGGCACAAAUGUGCCUUGCACUCUGGUGAUACAAAUUUCUCAAACAUAAAUCCUCGUGAAAUCCGAAAGGAACCCCAACCAAACAGAGGUGGGCAAAGGAGCAGUCCAGUGGAGAACAUCAGGACAAAGAGUGGGAAUUUUCGUGUUGUCCGGAAACUACAUCUGUCAAGCUCCACAGAGAACGAGGAUGAGCCUAAAUCAACAAAGUCACCCGUUCAAAGACAUCGUGAGGUAUCAGAAUCUUCACAGGAUGAAGAGGUGGAAUCUAUCUGCUCAGACACACAAGGGCAAGAUGUUUUUCUUGCUAUUCCCUCUGUCUCCAGUCAAGCAGAAUCAGAAGGUGAUGAGUCUGAUUGCAGACAUAAUGAAACAAAGAGACGCAACACAGUGAAAGGUAAAAGAAGGCAAAAAGCCCUUGUUAUGGUCUCAUGUGAAGAACUAUCAUGUCCUCUGGGAGAAAGUGAUGACAAAAGAAGCACUGCGGCAACAUUUUCAAAGGCUAGAUGCAAGGGUUCAGUCUCCAGACACAAUCUUGUAGAAGCUUCUACAAAACAUCUUGCUCUUUCACAACAAAGCCUUUCAAAGAAGAACACCUUCAACGAAACAGCAGUGGACAGUGGAAGUCCUUCAUCCCCAGUUGAAAGUGAAGAUUCCUGCCACAGAUACACUGUAGAUACUCUAUGGGACGGAUCUCUUAAGCAGGACCACUGCUGCUCAAUCUCCACCACUGACCUUUCUAGAAAGGAACACCUUUUGAUGAACGAUGACAAGACUGAGUGCAGCAAACUAAGAAGAGUCAAUAGAAUGCGUCUCACCUCAGAACCUUCAGCAUUUGAACAAUGCCAAGGAAACUUCACAGAGUCUAACAAGAACAUCACCACCCCUAAAAGACAAUCAAGAUCUCAAACUCGGGGUACGCAUAGUUUAAGUGUAAACCGUGUUGGUAGAUCUCUGUCCAUGUCAGCCAUCGAUGGUGAUAAAAUAAAUAAAGACAGGGACUUGAUAUUAUGCAGGAAGGACAACAAAGACGAAGCUGAAAUACCUUUUAGGGAAUCGGAGGAAGGCAUUGGUUUAGCUGCCUUGGACUCAGCUCAUCUGGUCAAACAGUUUGGUAAACAAGGAUCAGGCAGAACUGACUUCAAUCUGCCAAGUGGUGUCCAUGCAACUGCCAGAGGGCAGCUCUUUGUGGUGGAUUGUGGUAAUGCCCGAAUCCAAGUGACAGAUCUCCAGAAGAACAUUGUGCAGCAAGUCUCUCCUUCAGGAUCAGAUAGGUCUUCCCGCAUUUGCAACUAUUUUGAUGUGGCUGUAAAUUCAAAAGGCCUCAUUGCCCUGACCUGUGCCGCUGAACGGGCAUUGUUGGUGUUCAGCCGCCAUGGACGCCUUCUGCAAACAUUUGGUGGCACUAUGACUGGUUCCACAAAUGAAGAGCUGGAUGCUCCAAGAGGGGUCACUGUUACAUGUCAAGAUGAAUUUAUAGUUGCUGACAUCAAGCGUGGCACCUUAACUGCUUUAAAGUUGGACCCCAAAACUGGGGCAAGGUUAGAACGUACAGUUGUAACCGGGUAUCACCGACCUUAUUUGGUAGCAGCCUGUCUCACCACUGGCCUUAUGGCAGUGUCAGAAAGAGGCAAUGAAACUGGUCGUGUUCCAUGCAUUCGAGUCCUGGAACCCAGCUGGAACACUAUCAGAAUCCUUGGGGUGUGCUCUGGCCUGGGUCCCGUCCUGACCUGCCCCUGGGGCCUUUGUAUAGACCAUGAUGGGGACGUCUUAGUGGCAGACUGGGGGAAGCAACACCACCAUGUACUCAUCUACCCAUCGAAAGGUGUGGGCUGGCCUCUUGUGACAGACAACCUCAAUAGCCCACGGGGGCUGGCGCUUCUCCCCGAUGGCCAUAUGGUUGUAUCAGACAGCAUGAAUCACUGCAUUAAGAUCUAUCGCUACAAAUGAACUGCAGAAGGUGGACAUUUUUUAAAAAUAUAUGUCACACAGACUGGUGAUGAUGGUUAAAUCUGUGGGCUGCUGAAUUUGUCUCUUCAUUAUUUGGUUGUUCAACCAACAAAAUGUCUCCCAAAAACCUUGCAUGUACCAGAAAGGAGGACAUUAAAUACCAGUGUUGACAGCUGUAGGUUUAAAGUUGAGCUCUCUGAAUAUUUCUUUAAAACAUACUUUACUCCAAGGAAACUAACCAGAUUUAGAAUGUGAAGUACCAGACUGGUUUGUUUACAAAAGAACAAUGGUUUCUUAUUUUAAGUUGAAUUAAUGCUCUAAUGGUAAU